AUGGGUAUCCCCAAGUUCUUCAGAUUUAUCUCGGAAAGAUGGCCGUUGAUCUCUCAACCUGUCGAAGAAGGGAAAGUACCCCAAUUCGACAAUCUUUACCUUGAUAUGAACUCGAUUUUGCACACAUGCACACACCCUAAUGACGGACAAUUAAGUCAUAUGACUGACGACCAGAUGUACGCUGCAAUUUUCACGUAUAUCGAGCAUUUGUUCCAAAUCAUCAAGCCUCAAAAAACGUUUUAUAUGGCCAUUGAUGGGGUUGCACCCCGUGCCAAGAUGAAUCAGCAGCGUGCCAGACGGUUUAGAACUGCCACUGAAGCUGAAGAAAAUGUGAAAAAAGCUCUUGCACGUGGAGAAACACUCCCAAAGGAAGAUCCUUUCGACUCGAACGCCAUUACUCCAGGUACAGAAUUUAUGGCUAAAUUGACAUCAAAUUUGAAAUAUUUCAUCCAUAAAAAAAUCUCUGAAGAUAAACUGUGGAAUGGUAUUGAGAUUGUUCUUAGUGGUCAUGAAGUACCCGGUGAAGGUGAACAUAAAAUCAUGGACUACAUAAGAACCAUGAAAUCACAAAGUGAAUACAAUGCAAACACCAGACAUUGUAUCUAUGGGUUGGAUGCCGAUCUUAUUAUGUUGGGACUUGUUUCCCAUGAUCCUCACUUUGCCCUUUUACGUGAAGAGGUGACUUUUGGUCCGUCCCGGAAGGCGGUCAACGAUGUUAAUGACCAACAGUUUUAUUUGCUUCAUCUUUCUUUACUUCGAGAGUACAUGGCUUUAGAAUUCCAAGAUUUACAAGAUGAAUUAAAUUUUGAAUAUAAUUUUGAAAAAGUUCUUGAUGAUUUCAUUUUAAUUAUGUACGUCAUUGGUAACGAUUUCUUACCUAAUUUACCUGAUUUGUUUAUCAAUAAGGGAGCCUUCCCAUUACUUAUUGAAACAUUUAAACAAUAUUUGAAACAAUCAGAUGGGUACCUUAAUGAAAAUGGUACGAUAAAUUUGCGUAGAUUGAGUAUUUGGUUGGCAUAUCUUUCAGAAUUCGAAUUGGAGAAUUUUGAAAAGGUCAAUGUUGACGUUGAAUGGUUUAAUAAGAAAUUGGAAGAUAUUUCCAUUCUGGGAGAGAAAAAGAGAGAAAGAUUUGGAAAAUUGUUGUUAUUGAAAGAUCAAAAGAAAUUGAUCGGUAGUAUUAAGCCUUGGUUAUUAGGAGUUGCUUCUAAACCAGUACAGGAACUUAUCGAACUUGAAACUAGUGGUAAGGGUCUUUCCACUUUGAAAUUGCCAACUGAAGAAGUUAAGAAACAUUUGGAUUUCUUGAGACAAUUUGCUCUUGAAGUCGGCCUUAUUAUUGUUCAUUCCGCUUCCAAGGACACUUAUGAAGCUAAAUUGGACAUUGAUGGAAUUUCUCCACAUGAAACUACUGAAGAAUUCGAUGAACGUGUAAAUGAAAUCCGUAGAGUUGUUAAGAAGUACCAACUGGCCAAUCUUAUUGAAACUGAAGAUGCCAUGAAGGAAACUAAAAACAUUUAUGAUGCCAAGUUUAUGGCAUGGAAAGACCAUUAUUAUAAGGAUAAAUUGAAGUUUUCUAUCCAUGACACUGAUAAGAUGGUUGAAUUUACCCGUCAUUAUCUUGAAGGUUUACAAUGGGUCUUGUACUAUUACUACAAGGGUUGUCCUUCAUGGAACUGGUACUUCAAGUACCAUUACUCUCCUAGAAUUUCAGACAUUGCCAUAGGUUUGAACUGGUUAUUGGAACAUAAUGAACAAUUGACCUUUGAACUUUCCCAUCCAUUUAGACCAUUUGAACAAUUGAUGGCCGUGUUACCAGCCAGAUCUAGAAACUUAAUGCCAUCCGUCUAUAGACCAAUAAUGACCGACCCACACUCUCCUAUAAUUGAUUUCUAUCCAAAUGAAGUUGAUAUUGAUAUGAAUGGGAAGACAGCCAGUUGGGAAGCUGUGGUAUUGUUAUCCUUUGUUGACGAAAACAGAUUACUUGAAACUUUAAAACCAGUGGAAGCCAAGUUAUCUCCAGAAGAAACUCAAAGAAAUAGUUUUGGUAAGGAUAUUUUGUUUACCUUUAAUCCUCAAGUUGAUUAUGUUUAUCCAACUCCUUUACCAGGAUUUUUCCAUGAUUUGGAACACGAUAAAUGUAUUGAAUCAACCUUUGUGUUGCCUCCUCAUGGUGAAAUUAAGAGUGGUUUACCUGAAGGUGCUGUAUUGGGUAAAGAGGCACUUGCAGGAUUCCCUGCUUUAGAAACUUUGUCCUUUGAUUAUAAGUUAAAGAUGAAUGAAACUGUUGUUUUCCAACAACCUUCUCGUUCUGAAUCGAUGGUUCUUACCAUUGAAGAUAAAUAUAGUGACUUGACGGUGGAACAAUAUGCCAAGAAGUACGCAGGACGUCUUGUUUAUUCUAAAUGGCCUUUCCUUAGAGAAUCUAGAGUCAUUGAAGUUAUUGAUAAAGAUUUCAAAUAUGAAUCCGUUAAGGUUGGUACUGGUAAGAAAGUUGUUGGUACACCAUUAACUGCAGAUGAACAAAAGAACUUUUUACAAACGCGUGGCUCCAUCAAAAAUGAAUACAUCAAGAAGAAGGGUGUCGUCGUUGGUGAUAUUGAAGCAUUGGUGUAUGUUAAACCAGUCACUGGGUUGAUUCGUAAUAAUAAUGGUGCUAUGGUUAAGACUUUCUCUAAGGAAGUUGAAGUGUACCCAAUGCAAUUGAUUGUUGAUGAUGUCAUUAACAAGGACUCAAGAUACGUAACUCGUGCUCCUUUACCAAUUGACCGUGAAUUCCCUAAUGAUUCUCAUGUCGUCUUUUUAGGGGCCUUUGCCUAUGGUGCCCCAGCUCAAGUUGCUGGUUAUGCUGACCAUGAUAAGUUGAAUGUCAAGAUUUCCAAGAUUCAAUCAGCCAAGGAACCUACUAUCGGUAAGGAAAGACUUGCAAUUGAAAACAGGGAAAUUGUAUACAUGCCAUCUUAUGAUGUUGCCAAGAGAUUAAAGUUGAAUGCCUUAUUCCUUUCGAAAUUGACAUCUUCUUUUAUGUUGGAAGAUAAGGGUGGUAAGAGAGUUAAUAUUGGUCUUGAAUUGAAAUUUGAAGGUCGUAAGCAAAAGGUUUUAGGUUUCACUAGAAAGCAAAACAUUAACUCCAAGAUUUGGGAAUAUUCUCCAUUAGCCAUCAAGUUGAUUAAUGACUACAGACAAAAGUUCCCAAAGAUGUUUGCCAAGUUGAUCUCUCUUAGAGACUUUAAGGUGAUUCCAAGAACAAAUGAAAUUUUUGAAAGUGAAGCAGAAUUGGCCGAAGUUAGAAAAUGGUUGAAGGAAUUAAGAUCUACCUUGAUUACUGUUUCAUUAGAGCUGGAAUCCUUGACCAAGUUUUCUAUUGAAGCUAUUGAAAGUUAUAUGGACAAUUAUGUUACACAACCUAUCCCAUUGACUAAUAAGGAUAUUAGAGGUGUUCCAAGAGACGCUGUUAUCAACCCAUCAGAAUCAUUCCAAUUGUUGAGUACUCAAAGAUUUGAACUUGGUGAUAGAGUGAUUUAUGUUCAGUCUACUGGUAAGGUUCCAUUCUUGAGUAAGGGUACUGUUGUUGGUAUUACCAGUUUUGGCACCAAGGUCUCUUUGUCAGUUGUUUUCGACUUGCCAUUACUCAGUGGUAACAACAUGAAUGGUAGAUUGAAUAGUAGUAGAGGUUUGAUUGUUGACUCUUCCUUGGUUUUGAAUUUGAGUAUCAAGCAAUUGGUAUAUCAUAGUAAGGCUUCGAAGGAAGGUAGACCUAAGCCAAAGGCUACUAAACCAAAGCCAACCAAGAAGGAACAACCAAGACAACCACAAGAAAAGGCUCCUGCUCCUGAACUGGCCGAUCCAGCCAAGAACCCAAGUAAUGAGUUAUUGAGUUUGUUGAAGGGCAAGAACCAACAAAAUGGAAAUAGAAAGGCCAAGGAAGAUGAUGAAACAGUGCCUGUUGCUAACAGUAAUGCCAUCAAACAAAUCUAUGGUCAAAUCUAUUCCAAUGUGAUGAAUGAAGGUUACCCACAAUAUGGAUUUGGAUACAGUGCUCCUGGACAAAUUCCUCCCCCUGGUGCACCAGGUCCAAUUCCAGUUACUCAAGAACCACAAGUUCCAUUCUCUAAUGGAAACCAGCAACCAACUCAAGAAGGUUCAGGUUCUACUAGAGGUAACUCGAACCGUGGCAGAGGUGGUAGAGGUCGUGGAGGCAACUACAGAGGUAGAGGUCGUGGCAGAGGCAAACCAGCCCCUACUACACCAUCUAGCUAA